AUGGGACUGCACAGCGUAGAGGAACUGGUGUCUGGUAAGAGGUCAGAGGGCAAGGAGGCGGCUGACUUCCAUGGCGGAGAGUACGAGGCGGCGGUGGGUCAGGAGAAGAAAGACGGCAUCGAACCGGAGGAGGUGAGCGUGGCAGCUCUCAGCACGGAUAAGAGCGGCCGGCUGAGACUAGAGACGGUUGACGAUCUGUUCAACAUCAUGCAGCUGAAGAAGAGGAGGAGGGAGAGGAAGGCUCCGAUCAAUAAGAAACCACAGCCAGUGCCAGAGACCCUGCCAGCCUGGGUGGAUGAGAAUAUGUUUCUGACUGCAGCCAGUGACAACAAGAUGCCGCUGGUGGAGAAGUACCUGACUGACGGAGGAAACCCCAAUGCAGCCGACCAUUUCCAGAGGACAGCGCUGCACAAAGCCUCGUUCAAAGGACACGUGGACGUCAUGAAGAGACUCCUGGAGGCCGGAGCCACCAUCGAGAAAAAAGACAAGCUGGAGGCCACAGCGGUGCACUGGGCCUGCAGAGGAGGCAGCCUGCCGGCCCUGCAGCUCCUCAUGGACCAGGGGGCAAAGGUCACCUACAGAGACAAGUUGAACAGCACUCCUCUGCAUGUCGCUGUGCGGACCGGACACUGUGAGUGCGCCGAGCAUCUGAUCCACUGCGGAGCCGACGUCAACGCCAAGGACAGGGAUGGAGACACGCCCAUGCACGACGCUGUGAGAAUAAACAGAUUCAAGAUGAUCAAGCUGCUGAUGAUGUACGGAGCCAGUCUCACCACAAAGAACUCUGAUGGAAAAACCCCUCUGGAGACUCUCAAUUCAUGGCAGAACGGCGCCAAGAGCCUCCUGUGUAACUUCAGCCAGGAGAAACCCGAUUCAGUAACACAUUCCUAAAAACAAAAUCCAACAUGAGAUUCAACCCGUGGAUCGGAUGGCGUGAAGCACCCAAGUCUUUCUUUUAAUAUCUGGUAAUCCGGCGAGGCUGUGCCAAAUGUUCGCUUUCAAACUGCCUCCGGUGUUGACUGAUGGAUAUUAACACCCUCAGGGAGUGGUCAUAAAUCUAAAGCUCACUCUAAAGCGGGUAUUGUGGGAAACCACAAAUCUAAUCAGGAUGUUGUUAAUGAGAUUGAUAGCACUGAUAGAUUCAAAUGUUGCUGGACAAUGUUUUUCUUCUUAAGCUGAGUAGAAGUCGGCGAGGACAUAUUUAUUGACAACUUAAAGAAAAAUAUUUAUUGCGUUUGAUUAAUUUAUUUCAA